GUUUCUUGGUGUUACACAGUUUUCUCCUACUCAUGCCAGAAAAGCCUUUCCUUGCUUUGAUGAGCCCAUCUACAAGGCCACAUUCAAAAUCAGCAUCAGACAUCAAGCUACUUACUUAUCUUUGUCCAACAUGCCAGUUGAAACUUCUGUUUUUGAAGAAGAUGGAUGGGUUACAGAUCACUUUUCACAGACCCCUCUCAUGUCCACCUAUUACCUGGCUUGGGCAGUGUGCAAUUUUACAUACCGGGAAACUGUCACCAAGAGUGGAGUAGUUGUACGGUUAUAUGCAAGGCCUGAUGCAAUCCGAAGAGGAUCAGGGGACUAUGCUCUAAAUAUUACAAGGAGACUCAUUGAGUUUUAUGAAGAUUAUUUUAAAGUGCCCUAUUCCCUGCCAAAAUUGGAUCUGUUGGCUGUGCCUAAGCAUCCAUAUGCUGCUAUGGAAAACUGGGGACUGAGUGUUUUCGUGGAGCAAAGGAUACUGCUAGAUCCAAGCAUUUCUUCUAUUUUAUACCUACUGGAUGUCACCAUGGUCAUUGUACAUGAGCUAUGUCAUCAGUGGUUUGGUGACCUUGUGACUCCAGUUUGGUGGGAGGAUGUGUGGUUGAAAGAAGGUUUUGCUCACUAUUUUGAGUUUGUUGGGACAGACUACCUCUACCCAGGGUGGAACAUGGAAAAGCAGAGAUUUCUGACAGAUGUCCUACACGAAGUGAUGUUGCUGGAUGGAUUGGCCAGUUCACAUCCAGUAUCCCAGGAAGUACAGCAAGCCUCAGACAUCGACAGGGUGUUUGACUGGAUUGCCUAUAAAAAGGGUGCAGCUCUGAUUCGAAUGCUGGCUAGCUUUAUGGGGCACUCUGUGUUUCAAAUGGGCUUACAAGACUAUUUAACCAUUCACAAGUAUGGCAAUGCAGCCAGAAAUGAUCUCUGGAACACAUUGUCAAAGGCUUUAAAAAGGGUUGGAAAAUCUGUAAAUAUCCAAGAGGUAAUGGAUCAGUGGACACUACAGAUGGGUUAUCCUGUUAUCACUAUCUUGGGAAAUGAAACUACAGACAACAUCAUAGUCAUCUCCCAAGAGCGUUUUGUUUAUGACAGUGAUACUAAACCCAAGGAUCCUGCCCGUGGGGACAACAGCUACUUGUGGCAGAUUCCAUUAACAAUUGCAGUAGGAAAUACGAGCCACAUCUCAUCAGAGGCAAUUAUAUGGGUGUCUAACAAAUCAGAACACCACAGAAUUCCUGCUUUGGAAGAGGCAAGUUGGUUGCUGGGGAACAUCAACCAGACUGGCUACUUCAGAGUUAAUUAUGAUAUUAGGAAUUGGAAGCUGUUAAUUAACCAGCUAACAAGGAACCAUGAGGUUAUCUCUGUCAGUAAUCGAGCAGGCUUGAUUGAUGAUGCAUUCAAUCUAGCCAGAGCUGGUUAUUUGCCUCAGAAUAUUCCUUUGGAGAUUAUGAGGUACCUUUCAGAGGAAAAGGAUUUUCUGCCUUGGCAUGCUGCCAGCCGAGCUCUUUAUCCUCUAGAUAAAUUGUUGGACCGUACAGAAAACUACAAUAUCUUCAAUGAGUAUAUUUUAAGACAAGUGGCAUCAAUGUAUCUGAAGCUUGGAUGGCCCACAAACAAUUUAAACAAAUCACUUGUUCAAGCAUCAUACCAACAUGAAGAGCUGCGUCGGGAAGUCAUCAUGUUGGCCUGCAGCUUCGGGAACAAACACUGUCACCAGCAGGCUGCAACGUUAAUCUCAGACUGGAUUUCCAGCAAUAGGAACCGAAUCCCUCUCAAUGUGAGAGACAUUGUCUACUGUACAGGAGUUUCACUGAUGGAUGAAGAUGUAUGGGAGUUCAUUUGGAUGAAAUUUCAUUCUACCACAGCAGUGUCUGAGAAGAAAAUACUGUUAGAAGCCUUAACUUGCAGUGAUGACAGAAACUUGCUUAACAGACUUUUGAAUUUGUCUCUCAACUCCGAAGUUGUCCUGGAUCAGGAUGCAAUUGAUGUGAUAAUCCAUGUAGCUCGAAAUCCACAUGGAAGGGAUCUUGCUUGGAAGUUUUUCAGAGAGAAAUGGAAAAUACUGAAUGCUAGGUAUGGAGAAGCAUUAUUUAUGAAUUCAAAGCUUGUCAGUGGGGUCACGGAAUUCCUCAAUACUGAAGGAGAACUAAGAGAGCUAAAGAACUUUAUAAAGAGUUACGAAGGGGGAGCUGCUGUCUCUUUCUCUCGUGCUGUCGAAACAGUGGAAGCCAAUGUGCGGUGGCAAAGGCUUUAUAAGGAAGAACUGUUCCAGUGGCUAAGAAAAUCCUUGACACAAUAAUCUGUCUUUUUAGCCAAUCAUUUAACAUGACUCACUGCAAGAGGAAGAGGAGACAUUUUUAAAGUGUUCAACAUGAAAAUCAUGAAGACAAGAUCAGAAUCCAGGGAUAAGGUUUUUUGGUUUAUUGUUUUUUUCAUUGUGGAUUUUUCUUUUUACACUGAAAUCUUGUUAAAUUGUCAAGAAGAUUUUCAGAAGAGAAGAUCAUGAAUGCUUGUGAAACCCAGUCCUCAAUGUACACAACCAAACAUGAUAUUAAGUGGUGCAUGUAAAUGUUGGGAAAAAACCAAACAAAAAUCCUUCAAAGACUAUUUUGUGCAUGCUUGUACUGUCUCUGCCUGUAUUUUAGCAUGCUUAUGUAUAACAGCCACAUUUUGUAUGUGAAUUCUGGUUACAUCAAAGUUGGGCAUUAUACAAAGCACAAAGACUCUACGACAAUCACUGUUUCAAUGGACAAAAGGAAAGCCAGGAAUAAGAAAUGCAAAAGGCUUCCAGCUUGGGGCAGUAUGAGAUGUACAAUCAACUUUCCCACUUGCUGCCAGUUUGUCUACCACGCAGAAUGUCUCUUAAUGAUUGCAAAGAUGCCAGUUCAUUUUUCAAGUUACCAGCUGUAUCUGCAGUCUCCAUAUUCCUUUAUUUAAAUAAGCAUAGAAGAAUAGUGAGGGAGGAGAAAUAGAAAAGGGCCAGGAGCAGGGUUAGAGAGAGAAAAUGAGAAGGACAUCAUCAUUACAUUAUAAUAAUUUACAUUUGUUCAUUGCUGAUCAAUGAAACAGUGUAGUUUCAACUGUGAACGCCUGCUGGGGCAGGAGCUUUGCAGUGAUAUCACAGAAUCCAUGAACCACCUCUUCUCAGCUACUUUACAAGGCACUGAAACUCACAAUGGGUCACCCAGGUCACCCAGCCUGUGCAGUAGUAAGUUUUUUAGCUCAUAGUGCACAAGUGUUAUAAAUAAACAUAAGAUUCAAAUGAAAAUUAGGAAAAAGGGAGAUAUCUUGCAUGCAAAGACUUAAAAUUACGUAAGAGGGCUGUGUUUCAUGUGGUAGACCAGUCUCUGUAGUGAUUUAUUAUGAUAGACAGAUCAGAUUCUCUAUAUGGGCAAUAUUUCUGCAAAUAUAGAAUGUACUAUUUAUGCCAUCAUUGAAAAGUGAAAUAUGGAGAAAGUGAGGGGGGUGUACAUGUGUUUAUUUGUACUGACUAAUACUAAGAACAUGGUUUUCUUUCUGUUCCCUUGUACUUCACGUAGACUAUUGUUCACGAAUGACAUUUUUCUUAAUCAAGCUUGUUUCUUCUGAAUCCUUAAUCUGAAAGAUCAGUGACCCAGUAGAAUUGUACAAUGACUAUCUGCACUUUGAAGCUAAAUGCUGAGCAUAAAACUGGUGGGGGCCAAAUACUCUCCCAUGUCUACACUGUGGAGGAAGAAGCCACAAGAAUAGUUUUCAGGAGUCAGAUUGCAGCAGCUUCAGAGGUAUAAUGUAGAUGAGGGCAGUGCUUCUUUGUCCCGUCCCAGGCUAUCCCAACCAUCUGACCACAUCAUGGCUGUGUACAUUGGGAACACGUGGCCCACCAAAGCAGAGAGCCAGCCAUUCUAUCUUGCUGUUGCCCUCACAAGGCAUGGAAAUUAACUAACAUACUUUACACUUGCAGUUGCUUAUCCCCAGUAAGUUGUGAAUUGAAACAUUAGUGUGAAAAGAACCAAAUCUAACCACCUUCAGAUAUUUUCAGAGUUAUGUGGAGACAGUAUUGUUUUCUGGGCUCUCAUUCCCAAGGUAUUCUGCUCCUCAAAAACUAGCAGACCCAUCCCAAAACAGAGCUGUUGUACCGAUCUUCCACCUGUCAUUGUGUGCCCUUUACUUUUGGAGGCUGUUGUUUGUGGAUUGGGUGCAUGAAAUCUUUGUGUGGGCAUUUGUUCAGCUGUUCGGUGCUGUGUAGCACAUUAGCUUGACUCAUGUAUAAGCAAAAGAAGAGAGAAUCCUGUGCUCUUGUACUCUUAACUCUUUGCCUUACAGCAGUAAGCCCUAAACCUUUGUGCUAUGUUGCAGUGCUAGUGAACCUGCUGCCCAGAGACAUUAUCAUGUUAAAACUGAAUUAAAUCCUCCUCCUCCUUUGUAUUUUACCUACCUCACAGGGGUGUUGUGAGGCUUGACUAAUGUUAGCAAAGCACUUGAAUAUCUUCUUAUGAAAGGCGUUUAAAAGUGAAAAGUGUUAUUUUAUGUGGUUGACCAAACUCGACCUUAAUGCCAGUAUGUAGCGUCACAUUUUUAAUUUCUACUGAGAAAAAUCACAUGGAGAUUUUUUUUUAAUAAUAAAAAGGCAAGCCAAAUACUAUUUAAUAUAACCUCUACCCUGUAAUGAAGGCCAAAAUUGUGAUAUCCAAAGAGUGUGCGGAAAGCCAAGCCCUCAAAUAUGAAUUGCUUGGAGGAUUUCAGAGAACAGAAGCGUGUGAAAUGGUCUCUACCUUUACAAUUUUAGUCAGUAUUGUCUUUGCUGACUUUUCUUUUCCAGAACCACAGAUGGAACCACAUACCUUGCAACUUGCACAUUAAAGUUUCUGGUCUUCCCACUGAUAACAGUAUAUUCCAAAGUCAAAAGUUCGUUACAGCCUGUGUGUUCUGCACAGUGCACAGAAAUUCCCGCUCUUGCUCAUUUGGAUUGAAGUUCUUGCACAUUUAGCUGGUGUUGGAUGUAAAUUGAUAUUUUAGUGGCCUUGAGCAACUGGUCUACCACAGAUAUCAUGUCCUAAGUGUAUACAUUAUACAUACAUGUUGAUGUGUUGCUUAUAUAAUGGUUGUAUUCUUAUAAUGUUAGUAUUAUUGCUCUAAGGUUGAACAGGCCUUUCCAUUAUAAUUCUAUAUUAUUUUAUUUUUUAUGUUUUGUAUUUUGCUGUUUCACACCGAAUCAGGAUUAAAUUUAAAUGGAUUAAAUCUAAAAAAUCCCAUAACUGUUUUCUGCAAUAUUCUAAUAUCCUGCAUUUUAUUACAUGUCUUUAGAAACCUUUUUUUAAGAAGUUUCACACAGCUGUGUGUUAAAGAAUAGUUGAUUUCUUAUAGAACGUUCUAAUACAACCUGAGUAGAAAAAUCUAUUUAUCAUCUUGAUUUUCUUUCUCUUUUAUCAGUCCUUUUCUUUCCUUGUCCAUGUCUAAAGAUGGUCCUCAUUUUUAUGAUUUGGAUUGUGAUUAGGAAGCCAAGUACUCCAUACUUUUCAGCAUUUUCUAAUCUAGUGUUUAACUUUGUCCUUCCUAGCAAGAGGAGAAUGUGCAAAAUGUGAAUGCUGUGUGGGCAUGGACAUGGGUGUCAUUUUAUAGAGAUUUGAUGAGUGUAGAAUCUGUAAUCAGCCUUUGUAUGACUCAGGAUCCUUUGUAGUUAUUAAUUGAUAUGGUUUCCUAAAUCAUAUAGGAAGACAUAUGAAUAGACAUGAUUCUAUGCCAGCAUAACGAAACAGCUAUUAUUUUUUAUAAAAUUGUCCACUACAAGUAUCUGGCCUAUUACUUUGUAGCUGGUAGAAUUAUUCAUGUAUCCACUGCUAAUAGCUGUUAAAAUGGUACUAGCUACUAAUUGUGACAAGGGCAGAACACUGUGAAAGCAUUCUUCUGAAAUGACAUGUCAUUUCUGCUAUUACUGGGAAUACUUGGACAUUAAUUAUGUUAAAAAAACUGAAUGUGUUCUCAAGUGCAUCUAAAUUUGUGACCUUCGAUUAUCUUUUCAGUGAAUAUAGCACGAAUUCUGAUAUUACACUGGAAACUGAAGGUGAAUUUUGUGUCGUUUUUGGUCUGUUGUAGAUACUCCACUGAUCUUUAGGGUGCCAAAGGAAAUAUGCCCUGAUGCAAAAGGGCGCUUCCACAGCACAGAUCCUGAGGCAUACAAUUAAGUCUUUAGUAGUAAGUAAUAAAAAAUGAAAAGUGUGUGUGUGUGGUGUGUGGGUGUGUGUGUGUCUGUGUAUGUGAAAUCCUCCAUAGAGAUACUUUUCCCAUAGAAAUCUAAUUUGGAUAGACUAAAGCAAAGCUAAUAUUUGCAGGAGAGGGUGCCUUUAUUUAGAUACUUGGAUAAUAAGUAUUGGUUGGAUAAUAAGUACUUGGAUAAUAAGUUUUGGUUUUCCACAUGAUCAUAAGUGAUAGUGAAAAUAGACUUUUAGGAAAAUGUGCAACUUCCUCUUAGAGGAAAAUGGAUGUGGGUUUGAAAACUGCUAAUGUAUAUAAUCAGCUUAUACUCCCUCUUGCUAUGAGUACUCACCAUAUCAGGCUGCCUGCCUUAAGCAGGAUAUGUAGCCACAGUGUCAGUAUGUAUAUGAAGGAGUAAAAGGACCAUCCAGCUGUGGAGCAGCCUGAAGAGAGUCUGUUUGCACAGCUAUGGAUGAAGCAGUCAGACCACUGCUGGCUGUAUCACCUGCCACUGCUGCCAGACCUCUUGGGUUAGGAAAGCAGCUGGGAACUGCUGAAAUGCAGAAGGGCUCCAUCCAACUUUUUUUUUCAGCUGUAUGGAACAGACAGAAGGUCCUUUGUCUGAGUAUGGGUUGUGGGUGAUCUUGAGAGAUGAAUGCCAUUGCCUUGUGCUAGCAGAAAGCAAAGGUCCAGCUAAUGAACCUUCACUGCUCAGGAAAAACAUAAGCCCUGAGCUCUGGCCACCCCAGCCGAAAAACGCUGACCAAAAUGUUUGUAAAGGUCUAGAAUAUUAUAGUGUCCCUUCUUCUGAAGUAUUUUCAAACAGUCAAAUAUUUAAUUUUCAAGUAUGAAUAGGAACUCAGACACUCUGUUUCUUUAUGAUAUUUUUGUUAAUAUUUGAAAGUGUAACAGGAAUUUCUUGGUUUUUUUUCUAACAGGUGGACUGGAAGGAUGUACUACAAAUUAUUUGUGGUAAUAAUUCCAGUUAUUAUAGUAACUGUACUCAUACCAUUAAAAACCCUAAAAACCAAAAAAAAAACCCCAAAAAACCCAAAACCCCACCAAUCAGAUGCCUACAUAAACCAGUAUGGCACCAGUGAUGGUGCAGCACCCCUUUUGCGUACAGAAAUGUAAAAAAUUGGUCACUUUGUUUCUCAUACAAUUCUGCAAGGUUCUGCCAGUCUUAAUACCAGCUCUGAAACUCAGUGAAACCACUCUGACUUGAGCAAGUAGUCCAUGCUGACAUGAGUAAUUUUGUUUUCGGUGGGCAGGAAGAGAAGUAAGGAUUUUUUGCCUAAGUAAGGCCACAUGCCCUCAUUGGGCAGAAUUUUAAAAUCAAGUAUAUUUUGAAGAAUCUGGUUAAACUUAGCUCUGUCUUGUGUCCAUGCUGACAGUGGAGGGGGGUUCUGAGCUUGAUCUCAGAAUAUGGUAACAGAGUUGAGGCUGGAAUUUAAAAGACAUAUGGAGCCAGUUUCAUUGAGAUGUGUUUAAGGAGAAUCACCCACAUGAGAAAUGCUCUGAGUCAGACCAAAUGUAAUUUCUCAGAAGAAAAGGCAUUUAUAUUUGACUGAUUUUUAACUAGUGAAGUAAGUGUGACCUUGCCAAACAGAAUUUCAGAAUGCUUUGCUUAUUUCAUGUGUACCGUUUCCUAAGAGCAUCACAGCAGUGCUGGUAGAGAACACAGGUGAGCAGCUUUGUGAGGGCAGAGGGGCCGUACUGCAGCAGGCAGUCAUGUGCCAGGAGGCUCUUGCCAGAGUGUCUCAUUGUUUUCUGGACAGUGUCACUUGGAUUUGCUUGAUCAGGAUAGCCGUGGUACAAUGGAUGAGGCCAGGAACCAAGAUGCAGUCUCAGUUCUUUGUGAUACGUUUCACUCCACUUAAUAUGUUGGUUUCUGUAAUUUCAAAAUACUCUGCAGCCAGACUGGUGGAGCGUGUGUGGCCGCAGAGCCUCUCUUGGUGCACAGUGAGGUAGAUCCGUUGAAGUGACUGAUGUGAAUUCCAGCUGAGGAUCUUCCCCACUGCCCCAAGACAGCCCCGGAGGUGGCGCCUCGGCUGCUGUACAGGAUAUUCUACAUAUUUGUAUCUAGGUUUCAGUAGCACAUAUUGAAUGACAAAUGUUUUACAUUUUCCUUUGUCUUUUCAUUAGAAUAAUACUUUGUGAUUAGUUCCAAAAUGAUAAAGCUUUAUAAUAUUUUUGGAGAACUGUAGAAUACUGUACGGUGAAGACUGUGGCUACUACCCUGUCUUUUUCCUGCAAACCGUAGAUUUCAGCAGAGAUGGACUUUCCUGGACUUAGACACUCAGUGAAGAAAAAACAAACUGACCAUUUCUAAUGGAAAAAACAUUGUAAUUACUGUAUAACUAUCCUGUAUAAAGACAGCUUUAUUAUAUGUGUAAAUGUAAUUCUGCUGUUAUUGUUAUGUUUGGGAGACAGUAGGCUUUGGUGUGGGUGAAACAUACAGCCUUAUAAAAACAGAUUGUAUCUCCCUGUCUGAUGUUUUACUGAAAGGUGUUGCUGUAUUUUUGCAGAAGAUAAAUAUAAACUAGUUAUCUGAAAAACUAACUACACACACAAUGACAUAAAUGAAUCCUAUUAUUGAAAAGCAACGACUGAUGAUAAAUUUCAUUAUUUUUCCAAAAGACUCCACAUGUAAGAUUUUUUGACACCUUGAGAAGAAAGAAGUCAUCCUGCAGCUGUUAAUGCUGGUUGUAAUGGAUGAGUCCCUCUGUUAAUUCUCUCUCAACCUUAGAUUAAUUCUGAAUACUGUAAUUAGAAGAACAUAUUUUUCCAUCAGUUCUCAAAUCUGUACUCUUUGGAGUUCAGGUUUUUGUUAUGUAAGAGGUGUCAUGUAAACUGACUUUGUUUAGAUACAGUUCACCAGUGUUUUCACAUAAAUGUCUGUUUGCCACAUCCGAAUGCCAUUUUCAUAUAGAGAAAAUAGAGAUGAUUGCAUAAUAUCACAUUUCUCUUUUUAUGUACCAUGUGUACAUGCAUGUAUAGCUUUUAGUUCUGGACAUUUUGCUCUGAAAGAUUAUUCAUUGGUUAUUUGUAUUUAUAGAUCUUACCCAAACAGUUUCAACUCAGCAAAACAGUUGGAUGUAAGGCAUGAUGUGAGUCUGUGUUGACCAAGAUUCCACCAUAUAUAUAUAUAUAUAUAUAUAUAAAUCUGUAGGCAGUCCCACUGAUGUCUGUGGAAUUAAUCAUGCACUUCAAAUUAAUGUAUAUUCACAUACGCUCCUGCAUAUGGCUGAACUCAUGUUUCUGGAAUGUGAGUUAGGUUAAAACCCGUUUCUGCACAGGUUUCAGGUGCAGUAUAUGGUGAUAUGUUUUUGCUGAAUUUAAAAUCACAGCUUUAUAUAGAGCCAACUACUCUCUCUCCCCUUUUUCUUUUUUCACGGAAAAGGAUAUAUUUUGCAUAUAGAAGGGAGAUGUUUACUGAUUUUCAGUAUAUCUAAAAUGCCACACUGAACAAAGUUUUUCUUUUUUUUUUGGAGCCUUUUAGGCAUUUUGAAUAAAAGCAGAAUUAUUCUUACAAUGCUAAUUAGUGAAUAUAGAAGUGAUCAGAAAUGGAAACCAUUAGCCAAAUAAAAUAUAUUAAUUUAUGAGAACAGUGUUUUUUGUUACAUGCCUUUAACAAUGAUUACAUAAAUAUGGGGCUGCUGUGUGUUCAACAUAGAAUUUUUAUUCCUCUCUAAGGACUGACUAAAUGGAAUUUCUUUUUAAGAACAACUUGAUCUUCUGUAUUUUAAGCAAAACAAAUUUGAAUUUUGUCUCUGAUAAUAAAAUUUUGUACAGUAAUGUGUAAUUCA